UAAUUAAAAUUCAAUUUGUUGAUUUAUUGAAGAGUUAUUACAAUAAUUACCUUAAUACAAACUAGUAUAUUAAUUUUUUUUAUAAAUAUACAACAUAAAUCUAUUAGAAUAUCAAAAAAAGGUCUCAAAAACUAUAGGUUUUCCAUUUUGAUCAUACUGUUUAGGUUUGAGCACCAAUUCUUUCUCGCCCUCCUCAUAGUUGUCUUUGGUCUCAGCAUCACCGUCUCGUUCGUUACCAUUUAAACAAAACAACAGAGAAUCAGUCAGCUUACUAUUGUUAAGACUUUUAAAAUCAGUCGAAUUAAAAUCGUCAGUUCUGCUUGAAAAACUUUCAUCAGCCGCAGGCCACAAACAUAAAAUAUCCCUGCUGCUCAAGUACUCCUUAAAUGUGGCAGACAAAGCGUAGGACACCGGAGAAGUGGCCUCAGUGUCUUUACUUAGGCCUCAUUUUGAAUUUUCAUAGCUUCUUUCCUCUGAAAGUUGAGCCAUUUGAUAUUCAUGCUUCUUUAUCUGUGGUAAAGUAUUGAUGUUCGUCCCAGAUAACAGAAGAACGGGCUUACGGCUUCUGGGUGUUAUCGUUUCCUAAAACAACGUAUUUUAACCAUCCAGUUUAACUUGAGGUCAGCUAAGUUCAAUAUAUUUAUUCAAGCACAGUAUCUAAGUAUGAUCAGUCCACCAAAAACAUACUGAACACUAAAACCGUGUGUUUAUAUGUAUUGUUUGUCACAAGUGCUAAAAGUUUAUAAAUAAAUAAAUAAAUAAAGCGUGUGACAACAAUUAAUUAUAUAAAAGUUUAGGUUAACAAAAAGAAAACAUUUCAAAUAUUCCGCUUUUUCUCCGUUUUUGUGACAAUGACAUGUUUAUACGACAAAAAUUCGAUCCAGUGAAAAUGAAAGAAAAUCAAAUUCAAAUGAUAACGAACAAGUGCCUUGUAAAUAAAAGUUAACAUUUCGUUAAGUAAUGCACAUGUAAAAAAUGCAACAUGUUACGUUCCGCGUACGAAAAACAAGUGGGCGUCGUUAGCGAUAAACGAACAAAAUAAGAACGUGACAUUAACAUGAGUGUCCAAACUUUAAGCGAUGAGUGUCUGGUCGAACAGUUUCGGCGUGAGAACACCGAACAAUUUCUCAUACUGGCACGGAUGCAUUUGUCCUUUUUGCUCGACUUAAACACAGAUGACAGUGAUUAUCCAACUGACAAGAACAAACAAAAGAAAUGGCCAUUCAGUAGAAGUAGGAAGACUAAAAACCUAACUGAAGGGCCACCUCUCACUCAGGAAGGAAUUUGUCAAGUUUAUCAGUUAAUUGAGUUCAUAAAAAAGGACGAAAAUAUAACGGUGGAGGGUGUGUUUAGAAGGACUGGCUCCUUGGAGAGGCAACAGGAACUCAGGAACUUGUUGGUGCAAGGUGUCACCAUUGACUUGGAGGGUGGCCAAUACACUGUACACGACUGCGCCUCCGUGCUUAAAGGAUUUCUGUCGGACCUUCCUGAACCUCUAUUAACUGAAGCUUAUUUCCCAGCAUGUUGCCAAAUCUCAGAGUUGUAUGGCAUUGUGGAGCAGCCGACUCAAGAAGGCAAACUGCUGGAAGCAUUAAACUUGAUAUUGCUUCUGCUGCCAGUGGAAAAUCAGGCACUGUUAAAGGACCUUCUGGAGCUGUUACACCUGACAGCUUCGUUCGAGGAAAACAAUAAAAUGUCACCAGACAACCUGGGCAAAAUGUUUACGCCCCACUUUCUGUGCCCCAGGAAAUUGACACCCAGCGACCUCCUGACCGCCACCCAAAAAUACUUCGGCCUCAUAUCGUUCAUGAUCAAGAAAUCGGACGAACUGUUCAAGAUCCCCCCAAAAUUGAAGGUGGACUUUCAGGCUCGAUACGAAAGGAAAAAACUGUGUGCAGACAAAGCCCUGAACGAAUCGGUGACCGACACGGCGAACACCGUGUUCACAUUCGUGGAUCAUGAAAGGACGGCCAAGGAGAACGAGUCGAACCCCACCGAAACGGCCCUGGCGCAGCUCUACGCCCACAUACAAAGCUUGCCUGAGUCGUCGAAGAAGAGGAAGCUGGUUAGUAAGUUUAACAAGGAGAACGGGCACGGGACCCCGUUGCAGGUGAUCAGGAGCAACAUGACGAAGAAGAGCUUCGGUGAUUCCAUUAAAAAGCACAUUUUCCACAAGGGGUUGGUCAAGAACGCCAAGAAGGCUGGCUUUACCAACCUGCGGUCCUCCAGUGAAGAAAUGUUGAACAGUCCCCAGCAAACAGUUCUGGCUCGCGCCCGCCUGUUUUGCGGCAACUGCGACUCCAGCACCGACCUAAGCAACGACGAGGCCUCGGCGAAGAAGCUGAAAGCUUCGACCAGCACGGAGAAACUGCUGGACGUGGACGACUCGCCCCGGAGCAAGUCCGGGCCCGAGUUGAGCGUGAGUGCGACGGCAUGCAACAAUUAUCUAACUAGCACGCCUGCAUGUGUGCCAUUGCGAGCAUGUCCCGACUUGAUAUUCACGCCGGAGGAUCAGGAUCGUAAGUCCAUGUCGCCCAUUACCAGGUCGACGCAGCGAAUGACUAGGGCGAUGCAGGUAUUCAAGACCAUUACGAUAUAUUGUUUGGGUGUUCGGGGUGUUGUUGCCAUAGCUAAAAAGGAAACGAUGAUGACGCCCAGAAGCCGCAAGCCCGUUCUCCUGUUAUCCGGGACGAACAUCAAUGCAUUACCAAAGAUUGACAAGCACGAGUGUCAAAUGGACCAACUUUCGGAGGAAAGAAGCUACGAGACUCAAAAUGAGGCCCCAUGCAAAGACACUGAGUCCACCUCUCCUGUGUCUAACGCCUUGUCUGCCACUUUUAAGGAGUACUUGAGCAGCAGGGAUAUUUUAACUUCGUCGCCAGCGGCUGAUGAAAGUUUUUCAAGCAGAACUGACGAUUUUAAUUCGACUGAUUUUAAAAGUCUUAACGAUAGUAAGCUGACUGAUUCUCUGUUGUUUUGUUUAAAUGGUAACGAACCAGACGGUGAUGCGGAGACCAAAGACAACUAUGAGGAGGGCGAGAAAGAAUUGGUGCUCAAACCUAAACAGUAUGAUCAAAAUGGUAAACCUAUAGUUUUUGAGACCUCUUUUUGAUAUACUACUAGAUUUAUGUUGUAUAUUUAUAAAAAAAAUUAAUAUACUAGUUUGUAUUAAGGAAAUUAUUGUAAUAACUGUUCAAUAAAUCAACAAAUUGAAUUUUAA